UUUUUUUCUUUCUUUUAAAUUAGCCAUGAAGUAUACCCACGCAAUAAUGCUACGAUUUCCAACAUCACUAAAAUUUGAAGAUAAGAAGAUGAAAAAUAAAAUUGAUUUGGCUUUAGCAGCAAAACAACAUCAAGAUCUUAGCGACACUUUGAGAGAGUCAGGCGUUGAAGUAAUCGAAUUACCUCCGGAAGAAGACUGUCCUGUUCAAAAUUUGUUUGCUGAUGAUAUAGCUAUUUUAAUUAACGGGACAGCUUUAUUAACUAGACCAAAAAGCCAAAAUAAGAAAAAUUCGACAACUAGAGCAAACGAAUUUAUUGCCCAUUUAAAUGUUUUGGCAUGGCAAGUUAUGGAUACACCAACACAUUUGCAUGGAAAACAGGUUUAUCUUGAAGGUUCUGAUGUUUUAUUUACUGGAAAGGAAAUAUUUGUUGGGAUUAGAAAAAAUGGAACGAAUACUGAGGGGGCGUUGCACGUCGCCAAAACUUUUGCUGACUUUUCUGUUAUCCCAAUAAAUAUUGGAAGCAAUUUGCCACUAAAAUCUCGUCUUUCGGUUGCAACAAAUGAUGUUUUGGUUAUUGGGAAAGAUAAGGAAUCGCAAAAUAUUUUACAGAGAAUUGAAAGAGACGCAACUUUUCGCUAUAAAGUGCUUACAAUAGACAAUGAAGAAGCAAUUACCUGUUUAAAUGUGAAUAAUCGACUACUUUUUCGUCAUGAUCUUAAUGAAAUGAAAUUUGGAGUUCUCCAACCUCCAGUCGAACUUUGGGGUGUAACAAUGGAAGAACUUAACAAAUUGGGCUCUCCAUUUACCCGUUAUUGCUUGUUGAUUAACAAACUUUCUGCAAAAAGGCAUGAUUAA